AUGUCGAACACACAACCUCAUCUUUACACGUUCCCCGGCAAGGCGGAACUGGCUGAAAACCUACGCCAGUACAUCCUUAAAGCCGAGACCGCCGCUCUAGCCCGCCAUGAUACCUUCCGCCUGGCUGUCUCUGGUGGCUCCUUGCCCGUCAUACUAGCCGAAGCGCUCCUGGGCGACUCACCCGCUUCGCAAUUCGGAAAGUGGGAUAUUUUCUUCGCUGAUGAGCGUGCGGUUCCUCUCGACCACGCCGACAGCAACUACUACCUGCUGAAGGAAGAGUUCCUCAACAAGAUCCCCACGGAGCUUGGAACUCCAUCCGUCCACCCCAUCGCCGAAAAGCACGCUAACCAGGACGAUGACCCCAAACAACUAGCCGACUUGUACCAAGCGGACUUGAAGCGCACAUUCACCGGCGAAGGCAGUGACACGCUUCCUGCCUUCGACCUCAUCCUGCUGGGCUGCGGACCCGAUGGUCACACCUGUAGCCUGUUCCCCGGUCACGGCCUUCUUAACGAAAAGACCGCUUGGGUCGCUGCCAUCUCGGACUCGCCCAAGCCCCCACCUAAGCGCAUCACCCUCACACUCCCGGUUGUUGCCGCCGCUGCCCAGAUUGCGUUCGUUGCGACAGGUGGAGGCAAGAAGGAAAUUAUGCGUGAUAUUUUCGACUCCGAGGAUGGUCGUGGUCUGCCUUCAGCCUUGGUCAACCAGGCCGCUGGUGAUAAAGUUAGCUGGUUCACCGAUUCUCCCGCCACCGAAGGCGUCGCCUAUUCCCGUGGAUAA